GGGUGUUGAUUUGUUCAGAUGGAAGAGUCAUUAAGAUUCAAAGGGCUACUACAUUAAUCACUUACUCCCUAGAAUAUGUCAGGAGCUUGUAUUGGUCUAAUGUUCAUAAGCCCGAUAGAGAUUUUGUUGGCAGCUAAAUACUUGCUAAACAUGAAUACAUCAAAUGAAUUUCCCUCUGGAAUACUGGAUUGCAUGAUCAUAGGAAGACAUUGACCUGAGUAUACGAAUCAACUUGCCACAAUCCUGUAGAGAAGGGAAACGAGCCAUUUGCUUAAAAUUUUGGAAGAGCAUUUGCCAGACCUGAGAUGUCACUAGUGAAUAAUCAGGGUAAUGUUUGUCAUCAUUUUAAAUGUCUUACUUUGCAUCCCACCUGUCUUUUCUGUGUGGGCGUGUGUUCGCUCCUGCCCCACCAACUGUGUGUGCACUCAAGAGAGGAGCUGUUCCAUCCUUUGCGACCGUGCAGGCCUCACACAGAUCCCCAGUGAGUUUCCCUGUGAAGCUUACUCUAUUAACCUGGAUAAAAACAGUAUCAAAUUCCUUGCUGAGAGGGCAUUUGGUACCCUCCCAUCACUCAAAUCUCUCUCAUUGAGCCACAACAACAUAUCCUUUAUCACUCCUGGGGCUUUCAAAGGGCUAGCUAGCUUGGUGGAACUUAAAAUGGCCCAUAAUGAAUACAUUCGGUACCUGCACACUAGGACUUUCAUUUCGCUCAAGAGACUAGUCAGACUGGAUUUGGCGGACUGCAACCUUUUCAACAUUCCAGACAGGAUUUUUAUAGAGCUUCCGGCCCUUCAGGAACUCUUUUGCUUUCAGAACAACUUCCGAAGGAUUCCAGGAGCUAUACGAGGGAUGGAGAAUUUGACCCAUGUCUAUUUGGAGAAAAACAGGAUAGAAGCUGUGGCUUACAAUUCGCUCCUGGGUCUGACCCGACUGAAAUAUCUCAAUCUGCAAGACAACAGGAUAAAUGUAAUUCAUGACAGAGCUUUUCAGGAUUGUCAAAAAUUGGAGUAUCUGUAUUUAAACGACAAUUUUAUCAGUGAUCUUCCUGACAAUUCCUUUGAUGGACUCCGGCAUCUCAAAAUGCUUAAUAUUGGCGGUAACCUGCUCAGGAAUGUUUCUAAUACUUGGUUCCGGGACCAAUUUGAACUGGAAGUUUUGUAUUUGGACAGAAACCAGAUUAUCAAUAUUCAAGAAGGCGCUUUUGAAAACCUAACAAGUUUGGUGUCUUUACACUUGAACAGCAACAACUUAACCACCUUGCCUUUCUCAGUCUUCCAACCAGUCUACUUCCUGGGAAGGCUUUAUCUUUUCCGAAAUCCCUGGGAGUGUGACUGCAGGAUUGAAUGGCUCAAAGAGUGGAUGGAGAAUUACAGGCUCGUUCGGGAUAUUCCUUGUGCCUCCCCAUCCUCUGUAGCUGGUCUUGACUUGACUGAUGUUUAUUUUGAGAGAACAUCUGAAGGUUUCUGUCUUGACCCAGAGGAAUUAAAUGUCACUUCUGACAGUCCUUUUCCAACUGGAGAACUGCAAUCUACCACAGAGAACAAGUUUAACAGCCUUAUCUCCAAAUUUCUACUCCAGAAGGGCCUUUCAGAAGAGGUGGUAAACACCACAGAAAGCUUUAUCAAUACUACCUUGUUGGAUGGAUUAACUAAUGAGGCGUCUUUAGGACUGGGGACAUGUAAUAUCAAACUAAUAUGUUCUGUUAAUCUUUGGCUAUUCAUUAUAGCUCAAGCGAUAGAGGAUAAAUAGCUCAAAACAAUUCUAAGGUUAGUUAAGGAUUUGGUAUUUGUACAGGAUAGAAGCUACCACCCAUAGAACUCUGCCUUAGCUGAG